UGUAAAACCGGAGCCACUGACUCGGCCGCGGCAGUUUGUACAUGGUAGUCGAAUUUGAGAGGACCCUUGAGUUUGGGGAGACCCUGAAGAAGACCGUUUUGGGGCAGAUGCGGGAGAAAAAGAGGGACAUCCCUGGCGGAAAGAGGAGGAAUCGGCACCAGAGGCCAGCUGAGCGGUUUCGGAUGAAGAAAUUCAAAUCAAAUCAAUCAAUCGACGAGCAGGGCAAGGAUUUGGAUAGUGGAGCCGCAUUCUCGAGCAGGCGCGGCCACGGUGCAAAAUGGCACCACUUGCCCUCUCCGAAAAAGGUCGUGCAGCCAAUCAGCGGCGCGCAAACUGAGGCUAAGCCGUCGCUGUCCACGACGGCCGUCUGUCAUGCCACUUUUGCCGUACCCUCCCCGAGCGCUGGGGCCGUCUGCGGAAGGCGGUCCCCUGGCCGGUGCUUGCCUCUCAGUCGCAGCGGGAGGUACCGUCUGGGCCUGCUCUGGCGCGGCGAGUACUUUUGCUCGAGGCUCUGGAGGCACAGUGCCGUGAUCGCAGGCGCUGCUGCUAAGAGGAGACGCAAGCAGGACAAGUACUAUUAA